AUGACCACAGACAAUAAUGAUAAUCAUAUGCAACAGUUUCUCCGAGUAUCUGAUAUUAGUCAAGAACCGCAUGAAAUGCUCAUGCCAAUUACUGGCUACGAAGAUGUACCACUGGAAUCACUUGAAAAUGCUGUCGAACCUCUUGUUCAUCUUUUACCAAAAGUUCAAAGUUUUGCUUGUGCUGCUAAAGAAAAGUGCAAAAAACCACCAGCUGAUGGUUUAACUCUCGAUGAGUCUGCUGCAAUCAUGCUCUAUUCGAUGGGUUGGAAACCACAUGAUAAAUGCCUCUAUAUUGCUUUGAAUGCUACACUCCGUUCGAGGGAUAGGGAAAAACUUCAACCAUGGUUUCUCUAUUUGAAACUCUUUCUCACAGCCCUGUCACGAAUUCCGUCUAAAAAUCGGUUUGUCUUUCGUGGUGUUAAACAAAAUUUACGUGAUCAAUACCCAAAAGGAGCGACAAUUACUUGGUGGGGUUUUUCGUCAUGCACUACUUCAAUUGAAGUUUUACAAUCAGAACUUUUUUUGGAACAACCAGAAGAUUUAUUAGAAAUAUCUGACCAAGAUUUGAAACUCGAAGAUGAAAUUGGUCGUGGAGCAUUUGGAACAGUUUAUCGAGCUCAAUGGUUAAGUCGACAUCAUACAGUUGCUGUUAAAAAGUUACAUCUUGCUCAAUUGGACGUACAAGCCAAAAACGAAUUCUACAAAGAACUUUUGAUAAUGCAUAGCCUUCGCUAUCCUCACAUUGUUACUUUCAUUGGUGCAUGUAUGGAAAAUGGAAAAUAUGCAUUGGUAAUGGAAUACAUGUCAUUAGGAUCUUUAUACAAAAUUCUUCACAGGGAUAAACUACCAUUAGAUUGGUCUGAACGAUUAUCCAUUGCUUUGCAAACAGCCAAAAGCAUUAAUUAUCUUCAUAAACUACAACCAUCCAUUUUACAUCGAGAUAUCAAGUCACUGAACUUUUUAUUAGAGAAAUCUCAUGAAGGUUAUUUUGUGAAAGUGUGUGAUUUUGGUUUAGCUCAAACACGAAGCGAAACAACAAAGAAAACACAAUUAACUGAUGUAUUGUUUUGUACAUUUCAAUGGACUGCUCCUGAAGUACUGGUUCUAAAAGCGUACACUGAUAAGAGUGAUAUCUACAGCUUAGGAGUGGUUUAUUGGGAACUAUCUACAAAUGAAAUACCUUAUGCAGGACACCAAAAUGAUGUCAUUUCAGAUUUCGUACGACGUGGCAGCCGCUUGAAGAUACCGAAGACCACACCAUCGAGCUUUUCUAAAGUGAUUAUGGAAUGUUGGAGUCAGAAUCCCAAUAAUCGACCGAAUAGCUCUCAGUUAAUCGAGCUUAUUGAAAAAUGCAUUAAAAAACAAAGUAAUUUGAUUUAUAUUUCUCUGUUUUGAAGAAGUCAGAUCAAUUGGACUCGAAUCCCGUAUAAAGAAAAUCAACUAGAUUACUUCGUAGCAUUCAAUUAAAAUUGCUUACAUGAGAACAAGAAAUAAGAAAGAAUAAUAGACUAUAUCCAUUUUACUAAAAGAAAGACAUUCACCCAGAACGUUUUCUCCUUCGCUCAUUUUGCUUUCGUCAUCUAAAAUUUUAUUGAGUUAGUAACUUCUAUCGAAGAAAUUGAUAUAUUUCAUAAUAUGACUUGACGAUACGUCUAUGAAACAUUGAAACUAGAACUCCUAUAUGACAAAAACAACUAACACAUCUUAUUAUGGUUCAGCUUUAACUUCAAAUUAUAAAAAUAUAGCUAUUGGAUAUAUUUUCAUGAAUAAUAAAAAUUUUGUCUUCAUUUUCUGGCUAAGAAUAAAACUAACAGUUCAUACUUUUAUAUUAAAACAACAAAAUCUUCUCGAGAUUUUCUUUUUAAAAAAGAACUUUAAAAGUGUUUCUAUCUAUAAAUAUCUGAAAAUUCCAUGUUCAUCAACAAAAACUUGGAAGUGUUCUCUACUAUGAGUUCAAACACUAACUCAUCCAAUAUUUUGAUAUGGUUCUAAUUCAAAAGAAAACAGUCGAUUUCGCUCAUGUUUAAUCAGUAUACAACACUAGAAGAGUUAGAGUGAUCUUUCUCUUCUUUCAUACCUCUAUCCUAAUUAGACUGAUCAUUUUUUUCAAAGAGUAUCAACCUAUCAUAAUUAGGCCAUCAUCAUGUUUAUGAAUUGUUAUAUUAAUUUUCACAGAGUAUCGAUAAACGAAAUGCAAUCGCGAUACAAUAUCUAAUUUAUGUAUUUCAAAAUGUUAUCUCAUCGUUAGUUACCAUUCAUUUAUUUAAAAAGUAUAUUAAAGAAGAAGAAAAUAAAGUUUUUGCAGCAGAUUCCGAUUUAAAAAUAGGUUUUUUAAGAAAAAAAACUUAUUCGUAGUUGAAGAAUGAUUUAUUAGACACAACUGAUACUAUGCAAAAGUAUCGACAAAUAUUUCAAUAGG